AUGGACCAACUGGCAGCUCUCCACUGGGUCCAAGAGAACAUCGUGCACUUUGGAGGUGACCCAGGUCAGGUCACCGUCAUGGGUCACGGGACAGGGGCGGCCUGCCUCAAUUUCCUCAUCGUAUCGCCGACUGCAACAGGAGCCGGUCUGUUCAAGCGAGCGAUCAUCAUGUCUGGAUCAGCCCUGAGCCCUUGGGCAUUCGUUCAAGAGCCCCUCCAACAUGCCCUUCAGACGGCGACGCAGACGGGAUGACCAGUUCCAAAGGACCUGUACCGUCAGUACGAAAGCCUUCUUCAGUGUCUCCGUCAAGUACCUGUUGACAAAAUACUGAAGGUCCAGUUACAAACAUCUCCUUUUCUGGCGACAGUGGGUCCGAGUGUAGAUGGCGUGACCAUCAAGGAAGACUGGAAGGAUCAGCUAAGUAAAAUGGGCAGAGAGGGACGCACCCCUGUCGACGUCCUCAUGGGAACAUCAUCUAUGAACCUUUUCGAGAUUUUCAGCGAGGAUGAGAUGGGGCGCGGUUUUGACGAUGAACGCAGAAGUCUUCUUCUUCAGACAUUCAUCAAGAAUAACUAUCGCUUCCAUCUUCCGGAAAUAACGCUGGCCAUCAAAGCUGCCUACACUGAUUGGACGAAAGCGAUCGAGGACGGGAACGUCGUCAGGGAUUUGACGGGAGAGGCUCUACACGAUGCUAGUAUUGUCUCUCCUUUGACUAUGCUUGCUUGCCAAAUCCACUCAACGUUUAGGGCAACUUAUUUCUAUGUUCUGGAACACAAGAUUGAGGAUCAUUACCCAGAGAAAAGGAGCAAUGGUGUCCUAAUGAAUGAACUACCAUAUGUAUUUGGGGGUCCUCUUGGAUCCAGGAGUCCGGCAACUUCGAGUUUUAACUUCACAAAGGAAGACGUCGUUCUCAGCGAGUCUAUCAUCGCGCAGUGGACAAACUUCAUGAAGUUUGGACAUCCCAGGAAUCUCGUAUCAGUGGAAACCUUCGGAGACCAGACAAACAACAGAACACAGUCCUCGCCAGAAUGGCCAAGGUUCGAUCCCAUUCAUCAGGGAUAUUAUGAAUUAGGUACUCCUGGUCGUUCACGAGACCACUACAGGGCAGGGAACGUGGCACUGUGGUCCUGGCUUGUGCCAGAAUUAGAGCGGGUUGGUUCACGUUAUGGCAAGAACUCAUCUUUCGAGGAACCGACUAAAGUUUUUCCGCUGGACCACUUGACAGGUUCAGCCCAAAGAGAACUUUUGCCCAUAAAUUUGCUUCCCAGCUACAAUACCACUACAGGCUCCCCGUCCACAAAAACCUCUUUCUCCGGAACAGCUGGAACAGCUGUCGCAGAAGUCCACAAGAAGAAAAAGUCUGGCCCAUCUGAAACACUUGAUGCACGCGAAGCGAGAAACGACCUACCGUACACAACAGCUUUUAGCGUCACGGUUGCUAUUGCCUGCUCACUUCUAAUACUUAACAUGGUCUAA